UCCCCUUCAAAGUCACACAAUCCUCGGCGUCCGUCCCGCGCGCGCUUUUCUAGUUUUGCCUGAUUGUUGCCUGCCGCGCGAAUUUCUGACAGGCUUCUCCCGCUGAGUGGCCGGCGAGAGUCAGUAGGCAGCGGAGAGGGGGAGGAAACACGAGCGGUUUCCUCAUGCCUCCGAAGACCUGUUGUCGGCUCUGAGGGACAAUAUCGCCGGCCGUUACGGGGAAGGCAGAUGGUGGGGAGAAUGGCUAUGGCCGCGGAAGCUGCGGCUUCCCCAACCGGCGGAGACAUUCAGCCAUGUAAGAAACGGAAAGAAGAUGAUCCUUCAAUUAAAGCAAUUACAAAAUAUUUUUCACCAUUAGGAAAAAACGUUGAUAGAGUGUUGUCACCACCGAAGUCCAACAAUAUAAUGGAUUAUUUUAAAAAAACUUCCCCCAUAAAUGAGAAGAUUAUUUCACCUGUGACAGAGAAGGAAAGCCAAACAAACAGAUCAUCCUUGGAAAAUUCUUCAAAAGCUUUGUCAAGGCUUAAGAGGAGAGGGAAGAGAUGUAAUUUAAAUCAUAAACUAAAAGAAAUGAAAUCAGUUGGGCAUGACCUUGUGAUAGAAAUUAAUAGCGAUAAUAGUAGAGAAUAUCUCAGUCCAAAAGAAGAGGACUCUAGAACUAGUUUCAUGGGUUACAGUGUUUCUGCGAUGCUUGGGCCCACAAAUGUGGAAGAAAUGUUAAAUGAUUGCAGCAAAAAGCCUCUCAGCACUGUUAGCUACAAAAAUGAAGAAGGAAAAAUGAAGACAGAUGGGGAUGGAAUAAAGAGCAACGUGAAAAGAACAAAGAAACGGAAACACAAAGAUGACAUGGAGUUGUAUGAAAGCUUUUCCGCUGAAAUGCUACAUAAGGAUCAAUGCAAAGAAGUUGAUGAUAAACAACUUGUAUCUACUAGUGGGCCAGGAAAUAAAAGCAUAGAAAAUAUUCUGCAUCCUGAGACUAAUGCACAUGAAACACCACUUUUAAAUGAUUGUACAGUAACUGUAUCAUUUGAAGACUUUCUAAAAAGCCAAGGUGAAAAUGAAGUUGAUCAAAUUCCAGAAGCACAAACACCAGAUAGUUCCAGUGCAUCCUAUGAAACAGUCAAUUGCCAAACUGCACAGCAGCUCCCACUUAAGAAAGUAACUGUCCUUGCACAAAUUCAUUCUGUCCCUCCAAAGUCUCCCUUCUCUAGGAAAAUAGCCUCUAUCUUUUUAAAGCAAAAAACCAAAGAAGCUAAAAGACAAAGCAGUCUGUCUGCCCCAGAAGUGGCAUAUGCUGAGCAAAUUACUCAUAAGCGAAAAUCUAAUGUGGUGAUAGCCGAAGAAGAGUUAGAGCUGGCUGUAUUAGAAACUACAGGUUCAGAGACUGUGAAGUCAAAAUGUACUGCAGAAGAAAGGUACCAGUUUAUGAAAGCUUUUAGACAACCAGAAUCUGAUGCAGCAAAAAAUGGAUCUAAAAAAGGACCUGGUAAACAGAAGGAAGUAGCAGAAAAAUCUUCAAAACACAAACUGGAAAUGGAAGAAUUUGAAAGUGUUUCUAAUAAAAAACUAGGAAAUGAAAUAACAUCUGAUUUUGUUUGUGGUGAUUCCCAUAGUAAUAGUAGCAAAAGGGAUCGUACCAAAGUAAGAAAUAACAAGCUCAGCAGGAAAAAGGUGACACUGGAAGCAAAGGAGAAAGACUUAAAUACUAAUGAAAACCAGAACAAUGAUGCUGAUGAUCAAAUUAAGGGAACCACUUCAAGUGAGACACAAAGCAAAUUGUCUCAGGAAAAGAAUGGAUUGAGAAGUCCACGACAAAAGAAAAGCCAGGGUUCCAUAGAUACUACACCAGAAAAAGCAAGGUUUUCUGGGACUGUUGCUGAAAACCAAUUAGGUGCUAUCCCUGUACAGGCGUCUACUCCCAAAACAAACAAAUCAUUUAAUAAAAGUGACUUGUACAAGGCUGAGAUGAUUACAGAACUCCUUGAUUCAAAGAGCCCAAUAAGGAUGAAAUUCACUCGAAUUAAUACAUCUGAAAGAUUUAUGCAACAAAGUGUUAAGAUGAAUUCCAUUUCUAACAAUGUAUCCAAAGCAAGGAAAUUGGUUGAGAAAGCAAAGGUUUUCCAGCAUAACAAAGCAACAAGGAUUAUUGAAGAAACAUUACACACACCUCUACGACGCUCUUCUAGACAACAAGCCCUUGCUGAAAAGAAAAAGUUACAGAACACAGAAGAGUCAGUGAUUAUUCCUGAUUCAAGCAUCUCUACUGUUUCAAAAAGUGUGAACAAACCAAAGAAACUGCAAAGCUUGAAUGAUGUAUUAGGGAAGAAGGCUGGAAAUGUGAAGAGAACUAUGAAAUCAAACGGCAAAGACAAAGUGUCUUCGUUAAUUAGGAAAAAAGUCCAGAAGCCUACAGAUGAAGCAGCUGCUGUUUUUGAUGAAAGCAGUGAUCAAGAUUCCGAAAAUUCUCAAGAUGACAAGCAGUUCAAAGCAAAACGUGAUUUUUUAACGAGUGGUUUGCCAGAAUCAUUAAAAAGGCAGAUUGCAAAGAAAGCAGCAGUGUUGGAAGCGUAUUCUUCAGCCAACUCCUGUUUUCAAACAGUGGUCCAUGUCCAGCAGAAGGAUUGUGGAUCUUUGAUGUGGAGAUUGACACCACCCUCAUACCCUCUUCUAACUAAUCUGAGAGAAGUAAAUUCUGAAGUAACUGAUAUUACAAAACUUACUUGUUCACUUGGUGAAUUUUCCAUUUUAAAAACACAGCCUAAUGGCACUGAUUCUCCAAUUAUUGUGUCUUCUGGAUGGCGACCAGUUUUUUCUCAAACACAAAGGCAUUGUUUGUUGAAGGAGAUUCAGUCUUCCAAUACCCAGUUUCCUGUGAAACAAUACUUUGAUUUACUCUUGAAAAAACAAGCUGCUUCUGAAAAUAACAAACAAGUAAACAAAUAUGAAGCUGGGACAAAUGCAGGAUCUGAUAAUCGAAAAGAAACAAAAAGAAAACGAAAAACUGAAGAUCACAAAUCCAAAAGAAGGAAACAAAUGGAAAAAACAGAGAUUACAUUGACAGACAAAGUACAUGGAAUGGAAAACAUAAUCCCCACAGUAAAUAUAGAUGAGACAGAAGAGUUUGAGACAAUAAAAAUAGAAGACUCCGAAUUUGGAUCAGAAAUUAAUUCUGUUUCUGAUUUUGCAAAUGAAGACAUGCUCUGGACAGAGAAAUAUCAGCCACAGAGCUCCAGUGAACUUGUAGGAAACACUGCAGCAAUUAAAAAACUACACAGGUGGUUAUGUGAGUGGAAACAAAGAGCUGAUUGGGAAGAAGACAGAACUCCAAAAAAAGCAAAAAGUGGCAGUCAAGAUGAAUCUUUCGACACUCAGGAUUUUAAAGAUGGCAGAUCAGACAGUGAAGAAGAGACUGUUCUAUGCAAUACUAUGCUGCUUAUCGGCCCUCCAGGAAUAGGGAAGACUGCAGCAGUUUAUGCUUGUGCACAGGAGCUUGGCUUCAAGAUAUUUGAAGUUAAUGCUUCCUGCCAGCGCAGUGGAAGGCAAAUUCUGUCUCAGCUAAAGGAAGCUACUCAGUCUCAUCAGGUCGACAAACAAGGUGUAAAUGCUCAUAAGCCAUGUUUCUUUAACAAUUACACUAAUGCUAAAUCACCCAAAAAAAACUCUCCUAGAAGAGAGUGCUCCCCAAGAAAGGCUCCAGUUCCACCCAGAAGAGUUGGAUUAAAGCAAGGCCUAGCACCCAAAACUCUAGCAGGCUAUUUCAAAAUUUCUUCCAAGCCUAAGAACAAAGAAGAAAAGGUACAGGGACACAACAAAGGAAAUACAGAAAACGUGCCUAGAGAAAAAGUGCAGGUCAAAUCAAUAACAAGGGGAACCGGAGAAGAGGAAUCCAGUAAAAAACGUGUAACAUCUCUUAUCCUCUUUGAGGAGGUUGAUGUCAUAUUUGAAGAAGAUGUUGGAUUUCUAAAUGCAGUAAAGACAUUAAUGACCACUACCAAGAGACCUGUCAUUCUUACUACCAAUGAUCCAUCAUUUAGUUUAAUAUUUGAUGGCUGCUUUGAAGAAAUCACUUUCAGUACGCCUUCUUUGAUAAAUGUUGCUAGCUAUCUCCAAGUUCUCUGUUUGGCUGAGAACUUAAGAUCAGAUGUAAGAGACUUUGCUGCUUUGUUAACUGCAAACAACUCUGACAUCAGACAAAGUAUUCUCCACUUGCAGUUCUGGAUUCGAAGUGGUGGUGGCUAUUUGAAAGAAAAAGGAAGAGAGAAAGAAGUAAGUGACACAGAUCAGACUACUUACCUUGAAAAACCAAGUAGCUCCAAGACCACUAAACCUGACCCUCCUGUGAGUCUUCCAAAAUGUGAGACUGGCUGCAUUGAGAGCUUGCUUGGCCUUAACAACAUAUUUUUGCCUUCAGAAGAUUUGUUCUCAUUUCUUAAGCAUGAAAUCACAACAGAAGAAUGGAGUAGACUGAUACAUCUGCUCACAGAAUUCCAGAUGAAGGAUGUGGAUUUUAUUUAUAGUAAUCUUGAAUUCAUUUUACCUUUACCAGUUAAUAUACUUUCAAAACCAUCGCAAAUGACUAAUCCUACAUGUAACACAAUUACCAAAAAAUCUUCAAUAAAUAAGUCUUUUGACAGUGACUGCUUGGAGGAAACUAGCCCUGUGAAAAAGGCUAAACGAACAAAGUGCCAAAGAAAUAUGGCUUUAUUGGAUGAUAGUGAUUUAUUUGAAAGUGAAUUAAACUACUCUGGGUUCAUUACUGUGCCAUCUGACAUACCCAGUUCAUGCUUGGAAGAAGAAAAGGGUAGACUGGAACUUGGAAGUGAUACGUUGGAACCUGCGAGUGGUAACACAGCAGCUCUGAGCAAUGGAGCACCAGCAAAAGCAAAAAGCUCUGUUCCUGCCUACCAGUGUCUAAAUUCAAUCACUGAAUUUGUGGACAAUAUGUCUCUCUUAGAUUAUUGCUUCAACAGGAAGUGUCUGGAAUCAACACAGUUCUGUAAAUACGAGGAAUUCAUUUGGACAAAAGGGAAGAUAAAAAAUGGUCUGUCUGAUGAGUUUAGUGCGGAGCAUACUGACUGGUGGAACUUCCAAAGCUGUAGUGAACUGAAAGCAAUGGUGGAGGCACUGAGUUUUAACGAAUGCUUUAAGAAUAUUUCAAAAAUUGUGGAAAGUAACUCUGAUAAGAUGCCUGGGAAAGAUGAAUUUGAAGAACUUGCACUCCAUGUUUCAGAAGACAGAGCCAAUUUAUACUUUGGCCAGUCAAUAGCUAAUCCCAGCAUGCACCAUAACGCACAGAAGAGGUUGGAAAUAAUCAAAACUGUAUUUUCCAGUAGAACUCCUUUAAAUGUCUGUAACAGACAAACCAUCAUAGUGGAGUACCUGCCUGUUCUCCGCAGUAUCUGCAAGUUGGAGAAACAGAAAGAACGGGGGAAAACGAAAAGAAGAUUUCUCCAUUACCUUGAAGGAAUUCACUUUGAUUUUCCAAGAGAAAUUUUGAACAGCCUGGCAAAUGACUUCCCUUAAAAUGGCUGCCAAAUACCUUUGUACAUAUAAAAUGAUUAAUGUAUAUCAAAGUGUUUAUAUUUUGAAUCUUUUAAGUAUUUAAAAAUGCAAACUGUAUAUAUCUAUUGUCAAGGUGCUUUCCACAUUCAAAAUGUGGAUGACUUUUAUGCUGAAAUGUACACCAACUGUAUUCAGAUACAUUUUUUGAAACAUAUCAAGCCCAUUGCUAAACUGAAUUGACUUUGACCUUUUAGAACGUGGGUUUUGUUGUUGAGAUGCUCAUUCCAUCACCAUCAACAAAUCCAUAUAUUCAGUCAUAAGACUGUGUUUGUAAGCAGCUGUUCCACAUAAGUAGAAUCAUAGAAUCAUAAGUAGUAUGGUGCUACUUACGAAAAGAUUAGCCAACGGAUGUAGUUAAACUGUAAAUGUUUCUGCAGUUUCAUUGCAAAACUGCUUUUGAGUUUGGUUUUGUGUGCACAUGCACAGAGGCCAGUACGUUCUCCCAACAUAGUAAGAUCUUAGAUUACAGUCAAAGGAAAUAGUCGAGUUUUGUAAAUUAUACUUAAAGGUCUUCUGGGCUGUAUAGUAGCAUUUAUCUGUAACCCUGUACAUUUUAUUUUUAUACUGUAUGUGAUAUUUUACUACCACUACACUUCACGUUAUUCUGGAUAAAUUUGGUUUUGUAUCUGCGAUGAAAUAAAAAAUACCUGGAUGGGGUUUGAAACUU